ACCGGAAAAUACAGCUGUCCUUAUUGUCAAAAAGCUUUCAAUCGACCUUCUUCGCUCAAGAUCCACACCUAUUCCCAUACAGGCGAGAAACCUUUUGUGUGUCAUGAAGAAGGCUGUGGCCGACAGUUUAGUGUGCAGAGUAAUAUGAGAAGACAUCUAAGAGUGCAUUCGCGACGACGCCAUAAA